AACAGUCUUUAACACGUCGUCAUCAUGAAAUACUUCAACCUGCUGUUUAGCCUCUGGCUGGUCUUCAUGCUGUGCUCCUCGUGGGUCUCGGCUUUCUCCAGUCUUGCCACCCCGGAGCCAACUCCGCCAACUGGUUCUCCCGUCGACGGUACGACUGGCACUGGAUUCCCCGGACCUCCAUCGGCUGAGACCACAAAUGCUACGCCCGAAAUUUCGACUAUUUACCCAAUUUACGAAUAG